CUUACCGACAUGCUUGUUUUUUAACAGCACUGCUGGUGGAGUUUGAUGUUUUUCUGUGUGCUUUGUUAAAGUCAGUAAUUUCUCACAGGUUGCAAUGACGAACAAAGAAGACAAAAGUCUUCAGUUUUUUAUUUGUGACUGUUUUACAACAGAUAACAUUUUUCUGAAGGACUACAAGCUCCAUGUCACCUUUGUAUCCGAGGAGCAGUUCAGAUUAGACUAUGAGGAAAUACUCAGGAGGCUGGGCUGCGUCACAGAGCAACAGUUUAAGGACGUACUCAAAGAGAUCUCACAGGAGGUGGAGAGGCGAAAGCAUCUAGGGGAGAUGUCUGUGAAGAGAGCUGCUGCGAUAAAAGAUGAGUACCAGCCUCUCCAUCCUCAUGUCUACCAUCUGCAGGAGUCCUACCUCGCACCAAAGUUUAAACAGAUUGUUGAAUACUGCCGAAGUUCAGACAGGAGUGUAGAAGGUCUCCUAGACCUGGUGGUAGAAGAGGCAGCGGAAAGGGUGUAUCGCUUCCCAGUGUUUGAAAGACACUUCUGUGAAGAGCUGUUGGAGGAGCUUGAACACUUUGAGCAGUCCUCUGCCCCGAAAGGAAGACCCAACACCAUGAACCAAUAUGGGAUCCUUCUAAAUGAAGUAGGCUUCGAUGCAGACUUCAUCACACCCUUCCGUGAACACUACAUGAAUCCACUUACCUCUCUACUGUACCCGGACUGUGGGGGGCACUGUUUGGACAGCCACAAGGCCUUUGUUGUUAAAUAUGACCUGAAUGAAGACCUUGACCUGAGCUACCACUACGACAACUCAGAGGUCACCCUCAACGUAUCCAUUGGGAAGGAUUUCACUGAGGGAAACCUUUAUUUUGGUAAUAUGAGACAGGUGCCUUUAGGUGAGACGGAGUGUUCAGAGAUUGAACACAGGGUUACCGAGGGCCUUCUCCAUCGAGGCCAACACAUGCAUGGGGCCCUUCCCAUCUCCUCUGGUCAGCGCUGGAACCUUAUCAUCUGGAUGAGAGCCUCACAGGAACGCAAUAAACUGUGCCCCAUGUGCAACAGGAGGCCAACUCUGGUAGAAGGGGAUGGCUUUGCUGACGGGUUCACCAAACUCUGAAACCUCUGUGUUUGGUUACCAUCAGACAUGAAUAAUAUCUCUGGAUGUAAGCUUUAUAGUCAGAGGCUGUGUGAUAGAGAUGCAGUUUGCAUACAUACUUUGAAAAACUUGGACUAUAUACUUGUAAAAUCUUUUUAUUUUAAUGUUUAAUGAACACUGUAAUACAGGAAUACACUGUCUGCUGUGAUUGCAUUUGUGUAAAGUCACUUUGUGCCUCUUCAGUGACGACUUGUGGCUCUUUAAAGUCUUACUUGGAAAAAUGAUUCUCCUUUGGCAACCUUUAAAACACUGACCUCAGAAAAGAGCCGUUGCCCUUCACAUCGAUAAAUUUGUUUCCCACACUUACACAGUCGACUUUAAAUGUCAAAUUUAACUGUCAGUUUCUUACGUUUUUUCUGUUAAUUUCUACUGAAUGUAAGAAACAACAUGUUAGAUAAAUAUCACUGAUUCUUGAGAAAAGAGACAAAACAGGUGCCAAACUUGACUUUGUACUUUUGUUUUACUACAGUAAUUGUGUAGGUUGAGGUCUUAGCAGUUGUGUGGUGGAACAGAUUUUUUUUUUUUUUACAACUUUUCCCCCCCAAAAUUAGACUUUUUUUGCCUACAUAUCUUAUUUCGUUUAGGCACACAAAAAUUUAUUUAAUUUUAAUUUAUUAAUUCAAGAUAAAUGUCAAGUUUUAAUUUAAGUAAUACUGGUAUUCAGUAAUGAUAUUUAAAUAAUAAAUUGCAUUAUUUUUAACUUAUUUUUCUUUUUUUUUACUCAUCUGAAGUAUCUUAUCUCUGAUUUUUUUGAUUUUCAAACUUUAUCUUUAAUAUCAAUCAUAGUAAACACAUUUUUAAAAAUAGAUAAUUUAUUAUUGCAUAUAGAAUGGCUGGUGUAUGAAGGAAUAAGGAGCAUAAAAUAAAAAAGAAUAAUGCAUUUGUUUUGUAAAAUGAAAAAAAAAAAACAUUACCUGACAAAGUGUAUACCCCCAGGUUUCAACUGUUGCUCUUUCAAAGGUAUUUUUCAAUAAUGUGGCUCUUUGGAUGAGCAGGGUUGAGUAACACUGGUUUAGAUGGUUAUGGUACUUUAACUGUGUUCUGUAUAUUACGUCAGAUUUUGUGACAUUUUGUAUUUUUACCUGGUCACUUACCUGUUUAAAUUAAGGAUGCACCAAUUUCAUGUCUUUUUUUGGACAAAUACAAUGGCACUAUUAAAAAUCAGGGUACCUUUCAUUCUGAGUACCUAACUAAUUUUUGUGAAUUCAGGUUGUAUUAUUUCUCUAAAAAUGAACCUUAGAGUAUUAGAGUAAUGGAUAAAUAAUGAUUUGGAGUUGGAUAGCCAUUUGUUUUGUUUGCUGUUUUGUUAACUGUGUCUUCUCAUGGCAUGUUAACCCCUAAACUCUAAAAAGUAUUUUUGAGUGUUUGUUGAAUAAAUGUCAUACUUUGCA